AUGGAGAAACCGCAAGCCCUGCUAAAUCAUCGGAGGCGAGGUGGCCCGAAGCCGCUGCGGCCGCCGUCCAGCUCUGGACAUGAUGUGCUUGGCCCCGCGGGGGCAUGGCCACCGCUGCCCGUUCCUGACCGCCUUGUCUUCUCUGCAGAUGUCUCUCCGGUUGUGGCCGGCCUCAUUGGUGCUACUGUCCUUGUGGUUUCUGUCUCGGUUACAGUUUUUGUGUGGACAUGCUGUCACCAGCAAGCAGAAAAGAAGCACAAAACCCCACCAUAUAAAUUCAUUCACAUGUUGAAAGGCAUCAGUAUCUAUCCGGAGACCUUGAGUAACAAGAAGAAAAUUAACCGAAUCCGGAGAGACAAGAACGGCGCUCCUAAGGAGGCUGGAACGGGAAAUCUCUUGGUGGAUGCUGCUGAAUCUGGUUUAAUAGGCUCCGAUAAGGCUCCAGAUGGGCCAAAUGCAGCCCCCCACGUCGACCAGCUCCCAAUAAAGGUAGAUUAUGGAGAUGAACUAAGUCCAGAUCAAAGCCUCACUCCGGGAGGAAGUAAAACCUCCUCCCCAUCUUCCCCAGGGGAGGACGUCAUGUUGGGUGAACUGACUUUCUCAGUGGACUACAACUUCCCUAAAAAAGCGCUGGUAGUUACCAUUCAGGAGGCUCAUGGGCUGCCGGUGAUGGAUGAGCACACUCAGAGCUCUGACCCUUACAUCAAGAUGACAAUUCUUCCAGAUAAAAGGCAUCGAGUGAAGACUCGUGUACUUCGCAAGACGCUGGACCCAGUCUUUGAUGAAACCUUCACCUUCUAUGGGAUCCCCUACAGCCAGCUCCAGGAUUUGGUGCUUCACUUCCUUGUCUUGAGCUUUGAUCGCUUUUCUCGAGAUGAUGUUGUUGGAGAAGUCAUGGUGCCCCUUGCGGGGGUGGAUCCGAGCACUGGAAAGGUGCAGCUGACCAGGGAGAUCCUCAAAAGGAACAUACAAAAAUGCAUUAGCAGAGGGGAGCUGCAGGUCUCCCUGUCUUACCAGCCUGUGGCGCAGAGAAUGACCGUCGUCGUGCUGAAAGCCAGACAUUUGCCAAAGAUGGAUAUCACUGGCCUCUCAGGUAGAAGCUAUUUUCUCCAGCUCUGAAUGUGUAU